AAGUACUCGGUUUUUGCAAAUUACCAAAAAAAAGUGAUCUGGUAGUCAUUGUCCAUCCCGAAAAAAAAAACAGUUUAGUUAAAGGAAAAAUAGUUCCGUUGAUUGAAGAUUAUUUAAAAAUUAAACUGCAAAUUCGAACUUGGGAGGAAAUGGAUAACGAGAACGCGAUAAUUAUGGAAACCACAAAUAAAUCGAAAGAAAACUGA